AUGUUCUUCACACAGCUCCUUCAUACCGGCCAGGUCGCGCUGUGCGCCUAUGGUGCAUACGUGUCCUACAUCGCAAUCAGCAACCUCCAGCAAUACGAAGAGACAAGCAAGAAGGCAGCGAAGUACUCGACUGAAGCCGAGAAACAGCUGCACAAGACAAGAACCACACAAUCCAGUGGUGCUAUCUGUGUUANNAUCCUGGCCUCGAUGAUGGCAGCUACUACAUUGUCAUUGGCGCCCAACGCCCUGCCAUCAGUUGUGAGAUUUGGCAUCUCGCCUGCUGCUCUAGUGUUGACGCUAUUCGUGCGUGCUCACGUAUCCAACUUUUGGACGGCCAAGGCCAAGGUUCCCUUCAUCGACGGCUACGUAAGAUUAGUUCUGUUGUUCUCUCUGCCAAACACGAGUGCUGACAAAUGUAAAGNNAACGAGGCAAUCUCGAAGACAAAAGAGCUUUUGCAAGUCCUCGAGUGGCUCGAGUACACCUGGGCUGGAACUGCGCUUGCUAGCGGGCUGGUCGGAUACUGA